UAUACGUAAUAAAACAAUAUAAUAAAAAUAUGUUACUUUUUUCGAACAUAUAUACUAAUAUUUGAAUGCAACAUAAAAUAAUGUGACCAAUCAAAUGUCGUGAAAAAAAAAAAAAAAAAAUGCCGUGAAUUCACAUGGAAGCUUCCCUCCCAUAAGAGCUAAGCAGACUCCUCUCUCUCUCUCUCUCUCUCUCUCUCUCUCUGUACUUUCAACACAAUUUUCUUCCUUCCGAUCGUUUCUUCCUUUCAGGGUUUUCUCGCAUACUAAAUGUCUUGUGACUCUAUCAAGAAGCAUCAGUGGUUUCUCCAGUGUACUUUCUGUUUCAUGAACUGUGGCAGAUUGUGCUAUUCUCGGAAGAUCUUGUUCCGGCAUUGGACUUGACAUGAUUUGAAAUUUUUCUGGAAAGCAUUUGUUGGUAUACACAUACACAUCCCUCUUCUUGUUUCCUAGGUUCCACCAGAUUUACAUACUGGGAAGGCAAUAUUUUUCUGGGAACUGAAGGGUUUAUCGUUUUCUGGUUUACAAGACAAGACAAGAUUCGUAUAAUUUUAUUCAGUAAUUAUUGGAUUGUGGGAUCUUCUAUUGGCAUUCAAUAUGGCAAGAAUGUUCCUUCCUCCAGGAUUUCGCUUUCAUCCUACUGAUGUAGAGCUGGUUAAGUACUACCUUAAGAGGAAGGUAAUGGGGAAAAAAUUCCCCAUUGAAGCCAUUUCAGAGCUCAACAUAUACAAGUUCUCUCCAUGGGAUCUCCGAGAUAAAUCUUUCUUGCAAGGGAGAGGAAAUAAAACUAAGGAUCGUGAAUGGUACUUCUUUUGUCCAAGGGAGAGGAAAUAUGCAAGUGGCAUUAGAACAAGUCGUACAACUGAAAAUGGAUAUUGGAAAAUCACGUGUAAGGAUAAACGUGUUCUUCACAAUGAAAAAACUGUGGGAAUCAUGAAAACGUUGGUUUUUCAUCAGGGUCAUGCACCACAAGUGGAAAGAACAGAUUGGUUUAUGCACGAGUACAGGAUUGAAGAUAAGGAUUUGACUGAUGCAGGAGUUAUUCAGGAUGCAUAUGUGCUCUGUAGAAUCUUCAAGAAGAGCGGUCCUGGUCCAAAAAAUGGUGUGCAAUAUGGAGAUCGAUUUAGUGAGGAAGAUUGGUAUGAUGAAGUCGAAGAUGCCCCAUCCCCAGCAGCAUUUGUACUGCCUAAUAACCAGAACAUUUCUUCUGUGACAAGCAUGUUAAUACCUGAAAUUACAUCUAGCGUAUCUAUGUCUGAAGCUGGACCUUCUAAUGCUGUGCCUUUUGCUGAGGAGGUGCCUCAACCUCCUGCAGAUGAUGAUGAUUUUGUUUCACAGUUGGCCAUGUUCACAGAAGACAACACUUUGCUUUCUGAUGAGCAUAACAAUAAUGUGGAUUGGUAUGAUGAAGUCGAAGAUGCCCCAUCCCCAGCAGCAUUUGUACUGCCUAAUAACCAGAACAUUUCUUCUGUGACAAGCAUGUUAAUACCUGAAAUUACAUCUAGCGUAUCUAUGUCUGAAGCUGGACCAUCUAAUGCUGUGCCUUUUGCUGAGGAGGUGCCUCAACCUCCUGCAGAUGAUGAUGAUUUUGUUUCACAGUUGGCCAUGUUCACAGAAGACGACACUUUGCUUUCUGAUGAGCAUAACAAUAACGUGAUGCCAGAUGAUUUCAAUCAUGACAGAAACAUUGGAGAUGUAUCUUGGUUGGACGGGAAUUGUAUAAACAAUAGUCUAGCGGACCUGAGUGACUUGCCAGAGCUUAAUGAAGGUGGAUUUAACUUCUCCAGCAAUCAGAAAGCUGGCUCUGCUCUUAACUCCUUGCUUUCGCCCGGAACCUUUUUGGAGUUGAAUGAUCUCAAGUACCCAUUAGUUUGUCCUGCUGAAGCUAGUGGAUCUGAAAGCUUCCUUACUGGCAGCUUAUAUACAUCCUCCAACCAUUGUAACAACGAGGAACAAAACUGUUGCCCAGUUAAUUCUUUUGAUUCUGUACAACAUGUUUCUAGCGUGAACGAGUCACCUGUACCCCCAGAAGGAUUUAACAAGCAGGGUAACUAUUUUGAUGUAUUACAGAAGGAGAAUGAUAUCAGGGAAAGUGCAAAUCAGGGAUGCAAUGCUACUUUGUACAAUGAAGAUUUUAUACCUUGUAGGCAGCCUGAGGAGGGAGUUAAACAUGCUAUGCAAGAUCGAAAAAGGGGUAGAUUUCGGUAUUUCCAGUGAAAAGUCUGAUGGUUGGAACCAGCAUUCCUAUAAUCAUGUUCUAAUGUUUGUUCUCAUUACAAGUCUAUAUAGCAGAAUAAUUAUGAGAAAAUGAGAAUUUGGGUGGAUUAUAAGCCAUGGAUCCACUGAUGUUCAGUACCAAUUGAUUCUAGUUUGGUCAUGUAUUUUGGUAGCCUGAUUCUUCUGACCAGUCUCUUGUAAGAAAAAUAUUUUCUUGAUAUUUAUAUGGCUAUUGUUAUACUAAGGUGAUUGAAUGUUCCCAUGUA